UUGCUGGGUUCUGAUUUUCACUUUUAAGAGAGCACUAAUGAGUGGAGAGCGCGGUCUUAUGUGCUUGUUUUUAUGAGUUCCCUGGAAACAAUGCUCACAGUCUGAGGAAAAUGCCCUCCUUUCAGCCGUAAGCGCUUUUUAUUUUUUAAAAGCUGCAUUAGUUAAGGAUGUGUCACAUGGUAUAACUUGGAUGCUGGGUUUUUCCAUGUCGAAGUACACAGCCUUCAGGAGAGCGGAAUCUCUGCCCUUGUGACUGACUGGGACAAGUGAAGAAAUAACAAUUCGCUUCUGUUAGGUGACGAAUGCCCCAGCGUUGCCCCAUAACUCUAUUAUAUCACUAUGGCACUACCUUUACACGUUGAAGACGCUGGUGAAAUGUUACCCAAGUCUCGACGAGCCCUCACUAUUCAUGAAAUCACAGCCCUCGCUCGCUCCUCUCUACACGGAAUCUCACAGGUGGUAAAGGAUCAUGUGACCAAGCCUACAGCAAUGGCUCAGGGACGCGUGGCUCAUCUGAUUGAGUGGAAGGGCUGGAGCAAACCCAGCGACAAUCCUGCAGCUCUGGAGACUCACUUUAACUCCUACUCACAUUUAAGUGAGGGAGAACAGGAGGCCAGGUUUGCCGCAGGAGUAGCUGAGCAGUUUGCUAUAGCAGAAGCUAAACUCCGUGCUUGGUCCUCUGUUGAUGGUGAAGAUUCCACAGACGAUUCUUAUGAUGAGGAUCUGCAGCCUUCCUUGGACCAUUCUCAGCCUGCAGAUUUCCUCAAUCCAGUACAGAAGGAUUUGGUGUCUUCUCGUAUAUGCUGCUGUGACAGCGACUCCUCACGUACCUUGUCUCCUGAAACUCUUUGCUCCAGUCUCUGCAGCUUAGAUGAGGAACAGCUCCUCUUGGGAUCUCCAGCUCAGACGGUUGAAGAGUCUUUACUAAUGAAACCACAGUCAGGUCUAGGUCCAUACGAUCGUCUCCAAGAUCUGGAAUGUGAGGACUCUUCAUAUUCCAUGUCCUUUUCUGAAUCCUGUUUAAGUCCAAGCGAAGACGAGCUGAUUUCUUUCCCUACACUGAGUCGAGGUUCUGGGGUUCUCACUCUGCGUAGGAAGGGCUCUGAUGUGGUGUCUUCUGGUGUGGUAUCACUAGAUGAAGAUGAGGAGGAACAACCCUGACCUAAAAUCAAACUGCCACUGCCACCCUAUCACUUUUCCAGUCUCCUUUUUUCUGAAUCACAGUAUGCCUUGAUUUCAGAGAAUCAUGGACUAACAGAGGGCAUUAACUCAUUAAACCAUUCUCUCCACAUGCUUAAUUUAAUUAUUAUGGUUUAUUAAAUCCAGCCAUCUUGAUUUCUCUCUUUUUGAUUUUUUUUUUUUCCUUUUACUGUAUUUUUAUUUUAUUUUUAAUUUUCUUUUCUCCUUUUAUGUUUUUAUUUAUAUACCCACAAUGAAUUGCCUGUUUGGUCUAUUUUGCAUGAUCUUUGCCCUAGGGCAGCGUGCUGGUUCAGUGGAGGGCCUUAAAGCUGUUGUUUGCAUGUCUUGCACCCCAUCUUAUGCCACCUCCAACUAAUGCCACCUCCAGCCUGAUUUAUGUGUUGGUUGGUGGAUUUUGGGUUAGGAACAGUGGCAGCACGGCUUGUCCCUGUCAUCUCCUGGAUCUGCUCGCAAUUCUUUGGUUCCCACUGCACCUCAGAAUCCAGGUACCAGAUGUGAGGAACAUGGGGGUAUGUUAUGGAUUCUGAGACAUUAGUGCAGCCUCAGGACUGUACAAGGACUCGUAGAGCUCCGGUGACACUGUGGGGACCCUUCUCCCUGUGGGCUCUGUGGGCGCAUGCUUUGUGCAGGGGAGACCCUUCUUUUCUAGCAUUUUGUACGUGUCUGUUUGCUGCUCUUGGAAGGUCUUGUGCGGUAACAUCCAAGUUUGUAACUCAUUUUCCUGCGUCUAUGAAAAUAUACG